UUAAUGGCAGUAGGAGCAUCUGCAGAAAUGUUGUGUGUUACUUUGGCAUUUUUGCCAAUAAAUCUUCAUCGACACCUAUAGAUGAAUAUUUCUCAUGUUUAAGUUAUAGAUUGUGUUGUAUUUAUAUCGGAUUACAUUGGAUUGUUCAGCAGUCUGGUGAUUUUCAUACAGCAUGCCUGGAUGGAAGAUGGAUGCUCAGUCUCCACGUCGCAACACUCCUGACCGGACCAGCGUUACAGCUCAGAGAAGAGGAACCGCCUGUGUUCCCGUGAUCGAUGGAAAUAAUAUUCAAGGCUCUGUGACAGUGAACAUAAACAACAUAUAUAGAGGUGACAGAAGUACAGGGGCUGCUGGCCAGGAUGGUGUAGGUAUGAAGUCAGCAGAUGGGACACAAAAGAAAGAUUCAAGUAUCAAAAUUCCAGACCUCAUCUACAGGCUGAAUUUAAGUCAUUUCUAUCCCAGUAAACUGACAACUGCAGAUGCCUUCAAUAUAAACAGGACUUCAUUUCAGAAAGAAGAGCCCCAGUCAGAAAAGAAGCCGCUGAAAGAGAAGGACUUGGCUUUUGUGUAUCUACAUAAAUUGCUGACACUUGAUUACAGAGCCAGAUCCUUAACCAUUCUUAAUGAAUGUGUCACCAGUAAAACAGGGAAAAGAUCUGCUGAAAACAAAGAUUUUUAUGCUUUUUUGAAUGAUGAGUGUGAGUAUACUGAUAGUGAAGAUGGAAAUACUCAGAUUCACCCAAUGGACGUCCAGAUGGCAGUUUUCCACUGUGCAGACAGUUUCCUGAGGCAGAACAUGGUGACUAAGCUCUCCUCCUGCCAGUACGCUCUGCCACUGCUGGUGCCCAGUCCUACAUCUGCAGACAUUGAACUCCCUCUCUGGACCUUUCGGCAGAUCAAGAAGACCUGGAAGUCAGUUGGUGGUCUCAGCACAUCAUUGCCAGUCUGUCAGAUUAAAGCUCCAAUGGUGUUUUUCUGCAGGCUGGGCUCUGUUUCCACUUCCAAAUCCCAGCUGCUGAAUUCUGUGAUUAACCCAAAGCACGACACCUUCUUCCACAGAGACAGCCCAGGCAGCAUCAAGAACCACCAGUUCAUGGAGGGGCUGGUAGAGAUUGCCUGGUACUGUCCUGCAGGAAACACUGAUGACCUUUUUAGUGAAUGCAUUGCAUUCUGCAAUCUUCAUGGUGAUGCUGUAAAGAACAGAGCACAAACUGACUUUCUGAGUGAACAAGCUACAGUCAAUGUUGUCUUGAUGGAAAAUAUAAAGAACCAUAAUGACAAAGACAGAGAGAUGGUACAGAAGCUCCAUAAUUUGUCAAAGCCUUUGAUCUGCCUUAUGAGUGAACAGAAAGGUACAAAUACAAUGGGAAGUGGAGACAACAUAAAAUAUAAAAUAGGACUCAGAGACAGAAACCAGGCAGAAUUACAUGAAGAACUGAUAUCAGUGAUCAGUACCUGUUUGCAGAAAUAUAAUUCAGCUCACACUUUCAGUCUUGAGGCAAACAGAGAACUGGCUAAAAGUUUUGGGUUCAGAGUUGAUGAAGACAGUCAGGAAUGCCAGGCAGGAAAGACUGGAGCACUGGAGGUCAUAAAGCUGCUGAAAAGAGAAGACAUCUCCCAAAUCAAGGCCAAGUUCCUGCCCUGUCAGGGGAAACUGUGGCAGGAGUGGAGUAAUAAGAACAAAGAACAAUAUCGCUUGUAUGGAGAUGUUGAACAGACCAAGAGCAAAAUACAGGAGCACAUGAAAUCAAUACGGAAUCAACAAAGGAAGACUUCGCUUGACUUAAUGAAAGCUGUUUGUAAAAAUUUAACCUCCAAACAUAUUUCAAAGAAAAUGUACUUUGUGAGAUGGCUUGGAGUCUACCUAGACGUCUCAUUUUUAGAGAAGCUUUCAGAAGUUACUCAGCAAUAUUACAAACAGUUGGCAGACCUGCAACUUUUGAAACAAAAACGAAAAAUAACUGAUGAUUUCAGGAAAAAGCAGGAAGAACUUAUAAAAUUAUCAGAGAAGGUGGAUGCAGUGACGUUUGGUCUGGAGCACAUAGUGAGAGAAAUGGCUCAGAUUUAUGAGGCCUGGGCUGAAUGUCCUGACAAAAUGACAGCAGAGGUUUCUACUCUCCCUGUUGUGGCUGCAGACCUCCUGAUCUCUGGACAUCCACUGGAGCUGAUGGAUGGAGAUGCUGCUCAUGUCCCCUUGACCUGGAUACAGUCUGUUCUGGACAAGGUCACUGAGAGACUGGGAGACCAGAGAGUGUUUGUGCUGUCUGUUCUGGGUCUGCAGAGCUCAGGAAAGUCCACCAUGCUGAACGCCAUGUUUGGGCUGCAGUUUGCUGUGAGUGCUGGCAGGUGCACAAGAGGAGCUUUCAUGCAGCUGAUCAGAGUGAAAGAAGAGGUUAAAGAACAGCUGAACUUUGACUUCCUGCUUGUGGUCGACACAGAAGGGCUUCAGUCUUUACAACUGGUGAGCAAGCAGUCAACACUCCCUCAUGACAACGAACUGGCCACUUUCGUCACUGGUCUUGCAGAUCUGACCCUGAUCAACAUCUUUGGGGAAAAUCCAGCAGAAAUGAAGGACAUCAUUCAAAUCGUAGUUCAGGCAUUUCUAAGAAUGAAGAAAGUAAAACUGACUCCCAGCUGCAUGUUUGUUCACCAGAAUGUUGCAGAUAUCAGUGCUGGAGAGAAGAACAUGGAGGGAAGAAGUCAACUGCAGAAACAAUUGGAUGAAAUGACUCAUUUGGCUGCAACUCAAGAAGUGUGCAGUGCAGAGUAUUUUACUGAUGUGAUCAAAUUCAACAUACAGACAGAUGUGCAUUACUUUGCCCAGCUGUGGGAGGGAAACCCCCCCAUGGCUCCCCUAAACCCACGUUACAGUGAAAAUAUUGAAAAUCUCAAACAGGCUAUUCUCAAAGCUGCAGCAGGAAAGAAAUGUCUAAAACUCUCAGAGCUCAAAGUCCGUAUUAAAGACCUGUGGACUGCAGUGCUGAAUGAAGACUUUGUGUUCAGCUUCAAGAACACUCUCGAAAUAUCAGUAUACAGGAGAUUGGAGGUCAUGUAUGGAAAUUGGACCUGGGAGCUCAGGGAAAACAUGCUUUUUAUUGAGAACAAACUGCACAACUGGGUUGAAAAUGGAAAAGUUGUAGCUAUUGAUCAAAGACUGAUUCAUGAAGAAAUCAACAGUACGUUCUGUGCUGUAAAGAACAAAACGGAAAAAUUCUUUACUGAAGAUAAAGAUGCUGAGAUCCUUUCACAGUGGAAAUCAAGAACAGAACAGAGAAUUAAAGUUGUACAUGACAGUCUCAUUGAAGCGGCUGCAAGAAAAAUUAAUGAACUUCUUAAAUUAAAGAAAGCAUGUAAAAAGCUAGAUGAGAAGAAAACCCAGUAUGAGAAUGAGCUGUUCAACAGGAGUAAAGAUUUGGCUUCUACACUGAAAGAUAAGGCCAUGAAUGAGCUGAGCCUCAGGAGAGAGUUUGACUCAAUGUGGGGAAAAUGGCUUUCAGAUCUGAGGGCAGAAACGCCUCCAAUUAAAGACGUCAACGUAGAGCAGGAAGUGAUGAACAUAUUGAGUUCGUCUUUUGAACGUCGCACCAUUUAUUUCAACAGAGACAGUAGACAUUACAAAUGGAUUUAUAACAGAAGAGAUUAUUCUGACUAUGUAACAGUGAAGAAAGGCAUGUUUGGCUUUUCAUCUCAUAGUUUGGACACCAAAGAUCAUGACUCAAUCAGAAAGCUAGUGCAGCAGACAGUGAGAGAAGCUGAGGAGAUCAUUAGAACUAAACCAGUGGACAGAACAGGCUACAGUGACGCUUACACACAGGAGAUUGUGAACUGUGUGAAGAAGAGAGUGGCAGAGUUUAAAGCUGAGAAAUUCACACUGAAGAAUGAAUUCACAGUGGAUCUGUCUCUGUUUGUCUGUGACAUUGCAGUAAGAAAGUUCACUGAUCUUCACAAGGUCUUCAGAGAGGCUAAUGAUCCUGUGAUUUACCUGGGAAAUAAGAAAGGAGAUUUUUUCUCAAUGUUUAAGAAGCAAUGUGGAGGAGCAACAGCCACUGCUGUAUUUGCAGACUUUGUCUGUAACAAACUCAAGUCAUCUAUCCUGCAAUCUGUCUAUGAUCAAACUGCCAUUGAUGCAGCUGGAGAAAUGAGGGCAAAUUUCCCAGCAUUCAGUGGAAACAGGUCAAACCUGGAGAAACACAUCCUGCAGGAUUUGGCAGAAGCUGAAAGCUUUGAGCGAUUCAUCACCUACAUCAAGAAUCCUAAGAUACACUUUUCAGAUUUUAUAGAAACAAAAUUUAAAGAGCAAAUGCUGGAAGGGAGAAACCCCAGAAUACUGGAAAUUCUAAGGAAUGCUGCAAACAUGAAGCAGUCCAGUGUUUCCAUAGCCAUCCAGAAGGCCACACAGGAAACUAAAUACAAAAAAGAUGUGAAUGAGUGGCUAAAGAGGUUUUCAUUGGAACUCGAAGGUGAGGUGAUAUUUACUGUGAAUGAUGUUGAAGGAGCUCAUUACCAAGAAAUCAAUGACACGGACUUUUUUGGUCAAGUGAUGAAUAAAACCCUCCAGAGUGUUUUUAAUGAGACGACCAGCCGCUUUACCCACAAAACUUCAGUCAGGAUGGACAUGUUCAGACAGAGUCCAGAAGAUAUUCUGAAACACCAGUUGUGUGGGUGUUGGGUUCAGUGUCCCUUCUGUGCAGCUAUUUGUACAAACACCAUAGAAGGACAUGAUGGGAAGCACAGUGUUCCUUUCCACAGGCCUGAAGGAGUCAAUGGGUGGAAGUGGUAUAAGACAGAGAAUCUGUCUGUAGAUACCUGCACCAGUUCAGUAGUGAGUGAUGCUCAAAUAGUCCUACCAGAUGAAAAGCGUGUCCCUUACAGGAAGUACUGGGAAGCUGGACCAGAAUAUGCUUGUUGGAGCAUCACGCCUGACGCUUCAGAACAGGCCUACUGGAAAUGGUUUGUGUGUCGAUUUCAGAAAGACCUGGAGAAGCACUACGGCAAAACUUUUAAAGGAAAAGGAGAGAUUCCUACAGCCUGGAGCAACAUCACUAAGAAGAAUGCCAUAGAAAGUUUAGAUAAUUAAUUCUAAUGUAUAAUGGCCAGAAACCAGAAUGCCAGGAACAUAUGAUCUCCAAUAUAAUUUUAAUUGCCAUUAUUAUAUUUCUUUCCUUUGUUCUUUUCUCUUGAUAAUCAUUUCUGGAAAGAAGAAUUGGUCUUAAAUAUUGAAUGCUGAACCAGCAGGAAAUGUAAACUUAUAUCCAAUACCCAAAAGAAUAUAAACAUCAUCUCAUGGUUUCAGGUAGCUUCUGGAAAUGAUGUCUGAUGGGUCUUAGUGAUUCCUACCAAGCAGCAAGGAUCAAAACAACAGAAUGUCUUAGAUAUCAAUUAAUUUGUGACCCUUAAUGUACAGUGUUACCCACUAUCUAGCCACUACAAUGAAUUUAGAAGAAGAUCUACAAAACCUAUGAACUCUUGCCAUGUCCAGUG